GAGAUAUUAAGAGCAUCAAACACAAAGAGAAACACAUAAGAAAAUGGGAUCACCAAUGGCCACUAUGGCAGCAGCUUUGCUUGUCUUAGCAUUAUCUCUUGGUUUUGCAUCUGAAACCACUGCAAAUUACUAUUACUCUUCUCCUCAUCCACCGGUGAAGCACUACACUCCUCCUGUUUACAAAUCUCCACCACCACCGGUCUACCAGUCUCCUCCACCCCCAAUUUACCACUCUCCUCCACCACCUAAGAAGCAUUAUGAGUACAAAACACCACCACCACCGGUCUACCAGUCUCCCCCUCCUCCGGUGUACCACUCUCCACCACCACCAAAGAAGCACUACGAGUACAAAUCACCACCACCACCGGUCUACCAGUCUCCCCCUCCUCCGGUGUACCACUCUCCACCACCACCAAAGAAGUACUACGAGUACAAAUCACCACCACCACCGGUCUACCAGUCUCCCCCUCCUCCGGUGUACCACUCUCCACCACCACCAAAGAAGCACUACGAGUACAAAUCACCACCACCACCUGUCUACCAGUCUCCCCCUCCUCCGGUGUACCACUCUCCACCACCACCAAAGAAGCACUACGAGUACAAAUCACCACCACCACCAGUCUACCAGUCCCCUCCUCCUCCGGUCUACCAGUCUCCUCCUCCUCCAGUUUACCACUCUCCUCCACCACCUAAGAAGCAUUAUGAGUACAAAUCACCACCACCACCGGUCUACCAGUCUCCCCCUUCUCCGGUGUACCACUCUCCACCACCACCAAAGAAACACUACGAGUACAAAUCACCACCACCACCGGUUUACCAGUCUCCUCCUCCUCCGGUUUACUACUCUCCCCCACCACCAAAGCAAUACGAAUACAAAUCUCCUCCUCCUCCCGUCCAUUCUCCUCCUCCACCGGUUCCCUACUCACCUCCACAAGAACCCUACCUCUACAAAUCUCCACCUCCUCCAUACCACUACUAACUAACCGCCCUCAUGGAUAAAGUACACGAAAACAAAGAACCUUUUGGUAAUACAAUAAAAGACACAAGAUCAUUAAGAGAUAAUCAAAAGGAUAUAUGUUCUAAAAGGAAAGUCUCCUAUUUAGGUUGUUUUUUUUCUUUUCCCAAUAAAUAAGUUGUUCUGAUAAGCUUCAAACAUGUUAAUGCAUGCAAAUGUCAUAUGUUUGUAAGUUCAAGUCCUGUUUUUUUUUCCAAAUUCUUAAAUUUUAAAGUUUGAUUGUCUACUUAAUAAAAUUGUAAUUUUUUUUUCA